AUGGUUUUCCCGCGGGUUUGUGCUGCGCGGCGGCUCGGACGCGCCGUGGCUCGCGGGCUCUCGCUCCCGGAGCCCUCCCGCCCCCGCCUCUGCAGCUCCGGCCCUCGCGGCGCCCGCGACGAAGCCCCCGAGGCGCGCGCCUACUUCACGACGCCCAUCUUCUACGUGAACGCGGCGCCGCACAUCGGGCACCUGUACUCGGCGCUGCUGGCGGACGCGCUGUGCCGCCACCGCCGCCUGCGGGCUCCCGGCGCCGCCGCCGCCGCCGCCGCCACGCGCUUCUCCACCGGGACGGACGAGCACGGCCUGAAGAUCCAGCAGGCGGCCGCCGCGGCGGGCCUGCCUCCGGCCGAGCUGUGCGACCGCGUCUCGGCCCAGUUCCGGCGGCUUUUCCGCGACGCCGGCGUCUCCUCCACCGACUUCAUCCGCACCACCGAGGCGCGGCACCGCGCGGCCGUGCAGCACUUCUGGGCGGCGCUGCGGGCGCGGGGGCUGCUCUACAAGGGCCUCUACGAAGGUUGGUACUGCGCCUCGGACGAGUGCUUCCUGCCCGAGGCCAAGGUCAGCCGGCAGCCCGGGCCGUCGGGGGCCCCGUGUCCGGUGUCUGCCGAGAGCGGGCACCCCGUCUGCUGGACCAAGGAGGAAAACUACAUCUUCAGGCUGUCCCGGUUCCGGGAGCCGCUGCAGCGCUGGCUGCGGGACAACCCGCAGGCCAUCACCCCCGAGCCCUUUCGGCGCACGGUCCUGCAGUGGCUGGAGGAGGACCUGCCGGACCUGUCGGUCUCUCGCAAGAGCAGCCACUUGCACUGGGGCAUUCCGGUGCCCGGGGACGAUUCGCAGACCAUCUACGUGUGGCUGGAUGCCCUGGUCAACUACCUCACUGUGGUCGGCUACCCCGGGGCCGAGUUCAAGUCCUGGUGGCCCACCACCUCUCAUGUCAUAGGCAAGGACAUCCUCAAGUUCCAUGCCAUCUACUGGCCGGCCUUGCUCUUAGGAGCCGGCCUGAGCCCGCCACACCGCAUCUAUGUCCACUCCCACUGGACCGUCCGUGGCCAAAAGAUGUCCAAGAGCUUGGGCAACGUAGUGGACCCCAGCAGUUGCCUCGACCGCUAUACUGUGGAUGGCUUCCGCUACUUCCUCCUGCGCCAGGGCGUCCCCAACUGGGACUGCGACUACUAUGAGGAGAAGGUGGUGAAGCUGCUGGACUCCGAGCUGGCGGAUGCGCUGGGAGGCCUCCUGAACCGAUGCACUGCCCAGAGAAUGAACCCUUCGGGGACCUACCCGGCCUUCUGCGCCACCUGCUUCCCCAGGGAGCCGGGGCUGGCGGGGCCCUCAGCCCGCGCUGGGGCGGAGGACUAUGCCCUGGUGAGUGCCGUGGCCGCCUUGCCCAGGCAGGUGGCAGACCACUACGCGGACUUUCAGAUCUACAAGGCCCUGGAGGCAGUGUCCAGCUGUGUCCGGCAGACCAAUGGCUUCGUCCAAAGGCACGCACCCUGGAAGUUGAGUUGGGAGAGCCCAGUGGAUGCUCCCUGGCUCGGUACUGUGCUCCACGUGGCCUUGGAAUGUUUGCGGAUCUUUGGAACUUUGCUGCAGCCUGUCACCCCAAGCCUGGCUGACAAGCUGCUGUCCAGGUUGGGGGUCUCUGCCACAGAGAGAGGCCUGGGAGAGCUCGCCUUCUUGCCUCGAUUCUACGGACAUCCCUGCCCUUUUGAAGGGAGAAAGCUGGGACCGGAAACUGGGCUCUUGUUUCCUCGCCUGGACCAGUCCAGGGCCUGUCUGGUGAAAGCCCAUAGGACCUAG